UCUAUUUCCCUCCCCCUUCCCUCUUUCUCUCUCUGCUAAUCUCACCGGAGGUAGCACAGACAGCGCCCAAUGGAGCAGAAACACGUGGCGAUGUGCUCUGCGGCGCACUCGCAAACGACUUCGUCGUCGCUCUUCGCGGGCGCCGAAUUGAAGCAGAGCACCUCGGAGUGUUCUCUGAGCAAGGCUCUGGAGGAGUUUCUGGGGAGGUCCAUCAUCGGUCAGGAGGCCGCCGAUACGCAGAGCCACCGGGAUGAAAAAUUCUGCGAAUUUCGGGCUCACCCGAGUGACCGGAAUUUCGACUAUGCGGAGGGAUAUUACGGCGACGUUUGGGCCGAUGACCCCAGCUUCGGUUUCAAAAGCCGGGACAUAAUGACUGAAACCCUUCUCUGCACUCAAAAUAUCACUCCAAAGAAUUCCAGCAUCUCAGCAACCAUGGAUUCUCAGUCCUCAAUAUGUGUUGGCAGUCCAACGUCGGCUGCUAAACCGAUUGCCAGAGAUAACCAAGCAAGAGGAGCCGAGAGUGGUUCCUCUGGAGACCAGUCGGAUGAGGAUGAUUUUGAGACAGAAGCUGGUCCAUGUGGAGAUAGCACAGACCCCCAUGAUAUAAAACGCAUUAGAAGGAUGGUCUCGAAUAGGGAGUCUGCGAGGCGAUCAAGAAGAAGAAAGCAAGCACAGUUGGCAGAUCUCGAGUUCCAGGUUGAACAACUGAGAGGAGAAAAUUCAACCUUAUAUAGGCAGCUUACGGAUGCUUCUCAACAGUUCCGUGAUGCUGAUACGAAUAAUAGAGUGCUGAAAUCAGAUGUGGAAGCUUUGAGAGCGAAGGUGAAGCUAGCUGAGGACAUGGUUGCUCGGGGCUCUAUAACCUCUAGUUUGAAUCAAAUUCUUCAAGGUCAUCUAGGCACGCCACAACAGUUCAAUCCUCAUAACCUGCGCGGGGUAGCACACGUCUCGCCGACCGUCACCAUCCACGGAGAUGACGCUCGAUACGCCGGAAUGGCAGUCUCCGGGCAGAAUGGAGGCCUUGGACUAGUUGGAAAUGCUGGUAUGGCUAAUAGCAAUCUGAGCAAUAGAAUCAUGAGCGAUACCGUAAGCUGCGUGUCGGAUACGUGGUGAAGAACUCCUGAAAAGGAUUGAAAUGCCUCCUUGUCAAUUAUAUAUGCUGUAGCCCGUAGGCAGAUUUGUAUGCAGUUUUUAGAAGUGUGCCCUUUUUUCUUGUUGUUUUUCUUUUAUGAUUUCCUUCCUAGCCUGUAUGGCUCCUGUAAAAUUUAGUUUUAGUGAAGAAAAAAGGUUGCUUUCUAAAUUUAAUUUCCACUUCCUACA